AUGAUGUUAGGUAUUACAGAAGUUAUCGAUAAUUUAUAUAUAUCUGGUCUUGAAUCUACUGGAACGAUAUUAAAUAAAGGUAUACGUUCUGUUAUAAAUAUAUCAUCAGAAUGUCCAAUGCAAGAUCUUGGUCCAACAGUUGAUUAUGAAAAAAUUAGUAUACCUGAUUUACCAACAACAUCAAUACAACCUUAUUUUGAUCGAUUAACAGAUCGUAUAGAUCAAAGUUUACGACAAGGAAAAAAAACACUUGUUCAUUGUUAUGUUGGACGAUCAAGAUCAGCAUCGAUAAUUUUAGCCUAUCUAAUGAAAUAUAAACAAAUGUCAUUACGUGAAGCAUUUUAUUAUUUACGUUCACGUAGACCAAUAAUUGGACCUAAUUUUGGCUUUAUUAAACAAUUAGUUGCAUAUGAAAAAUCUUUAUUUGGUUCGACAACUGUUUCAUUUGUUGAUACAUCAUUUGGUUCUGUACCUGACAUUUAUUUAUCAAUUGGAGGAACAUCAAAUAGUCGUCGACAAACAACACUUCCUGUUCAAAUAACAAAUAAAACAUUACCAUCAUCACCAAGACCCAAUUCAUUUACUAAUCGUUCAAUAAUAAAUACAUUACCAACACAAAAUACAAGAAUUAAUUCAAGUUAUACAAAUAAUAAUAAUAAUAAUAAUACUUAUCGUUCAGUUAAUUCAUUAUUUAACAAUUCAAAUAAUUAUAAUCGUUCAUCAUUUUUACAUGAACCACCUGAACAAACACGUUUUAAUUCUACAAUAUUUAAACCACAUGAAUCUAUACAUGAACCAUUUCUUUCAACAAGAUUAAAUGCAUUACGAGCAGGCAGAUAUGCUCCACCAAUUUUAAAUCGUUAUUAUCUACCAUAA